GGCGAGAAGAGGGUUUGCAGGGCUUGCUGUGGAGUUUUUGAAGCCUCGUUCGUUGUAAUUUCUAUUUUGUGGUGCCUGCCAUCUGCCCAGCCUGACAGAACAGACGAGCCAGAAAAUGGACCCAGCGAACUCCACUUCGGUCACCACAGCCAACGACCUUGCUUUAAUCAGAGACAUUUUUUCUGAAAUUGAAUUCUGCUUUGACUGCUUUAGAGCCUGUUUCACACCAAAGAAAAGAUUUGAUUAUCUUAACCAAGCCCUGGAUCUUGUUGAGGCCAAUGCUUGGCUGUAUGGGUUUUUCCCAGACCUGGAAAAACUAGACGAGUUCUUUGCUGUUGAGAAACUUCCAGCUUGGAUCGGACAGCCUGAAGGUCAUCUGGCAUCCAGCCUCCCGCUCUCUGACAGCGACUCCGAGUGGGAGGACAUUGAUGACGACGCAUCAUCAGAGGCUGAAGGUCAGGCGUUACAGGACACGGGUACAACACUAUUUAAAAUUCAAGACUUAUUUUUUGAGUUUCAGGACUGCCGCAGUCGGCGGAACCAACAACACAUUUUCUCAGCUCUUGAUCAGAUCUUUUUGGCCGAGCCUGAGCUGGUAAUCAAUUUUCCUGAGCUUAAGAACAUUAAAUCGCAGUUUGAGCAGGGUUGGGUUCCUCCCUGUAUUCAGGACCCCAUGGACUUUUUGUUUGAGGCCGAGCUCACUUCCACCUGUUGUGAGGAGCCGCGCGUCAUAACUCUCUCAGACGCCGCCCUCGCUCCACCUUGGUACAGCAUAACACCCAUGAAAAAUGCUUACCUUCUGCCCUGGCCAUGCAGUCUAAUGAUCCAGUCACGUUCCAUGCACAGCCAAAAUCAACACCACAGAGAAGACAAGUGAUGUCCUCAUUGAUGCUGCCAGAUCCAGCGGGACCGUGCAUCCCGGUCGCUAGUUCCACGCCUCAGCCGCGAAACGUAGUGCCGGUCCCAGCGCCUCGAAAGAGGAAAGCAUCUCGAGUUCCUGCUCCACGCUGCUCCACACUUCCAGAACCGACAGAACAGCCCUGGACAGGAGGUCAGUCUUCACAGAUGAGUGCUACGCUGAAAUCGGCAUCUCCGCUCCCUCCUCCCGUUCCCUCUCCACGUAUGCUACGGCCACAUCAGCUGCUGCCGGCUCCGACAAGCUCUGCGCCCCGACAGCCCGAAGCUCCAACUUUGCCUGAACCCUUGACGGUGGAAGGUUCUCCGGAACCAUCAAUUCCGUGUCCAGUUCCUGUAUCAACCGUCAAGCCAUCAGGAAGGCCCAUGUCACUGCCUCAAAAAACAGCACGCGAGCUCGGUGUCUCUGCAAUGGCGCCUGUGGAGUCGGCAGUUAGUCCCUCACUGCUCAUCCAGACGGCACAGUUCUCUUCAGGACCACCGACCAAAGUUUCUGUGAGUACCAUGACCACGAGCACAGUCGCUGGUUUCGCUUCAGCGCAGACAACAACGAUGAUGUCAUCAGAGCUGCUUUCUCAGCUCUCACUUCAAGCCACGCCCACUACGCUGUACAAAUCAUCUGGAUUAAUUCCGUCAUCGGCAUUCGUCAGCUCCUCCUCUACCUGCCCUGUGGGGGAUACACCAGAGGCGGCUCCAGAGGGGGGUCCCGGCACAGACAGAGCAGCAGUUCCAGAACUUUGGCAGCCAGCUCCAGUGUCCAUCCUUCAUGAAACCUCAGAAGACUGUGUUAAUGGAUGUCAGACUCAGCCUCACUGAACAGUUUUGUUGGAAGCUUUUACCAGCUUCCAGACAGGAUACUACUCGUGCCAAGGAAGCUGGAGGUCCCUGGACACUCACCGAGAAACAUGAACUUACACACAAGUAGCACUCGGGUGUUUCAGAACAAAUCCAGUAUUGACAGCCAAGGUGUUGUUGAUGCACUGAAGACCCUCCAAGAGAAAAUUAGGAAAUUGGAGCUUGAAAGGAAGCAAGCAGAGAAAAGUUGCCAGAAAUUCUCCCAAGAUGUUCAGAAGGGGAGACACGCUUUGUUUGAAGAACAGGCUUCACUUCAGAGCCAGAAAUGUCCAAUAUUUUCAAGCACUCAAACUCAGCAAGAAAAGCUGGAGAAACUUGAAUCUGAUUAUCUUCAACUCUGCACAACCCAAAGUCUGGCAGAGAUGAAGAUUGCUUCUCUGGAGCAGAAACUACUGAAAGAGGAACAUAACCAUAAACUUAUUCAGGAGAAAACAGACAAGCUGCAAAGGGAGUUUGACCUCAAUGUUAAGCUUUCCAAUUCAGCCGCUGAAGAGAUGAACCCAAAGAGGCAAACAAAAAGGACUGUCAAGAAAAAAUUAAGACCAAAACAGUCGGCAUCACCACGCAGGAGUAGGUGCAAACAUGUGCCUUUUGUUACAGGAACAUCGACAAGCCCAAGCCAUUCGGUGCACGCAAACUUACAAAGUAUACUUCACAUGAUGAAGCAUCACCAACCCCAGCUGUGCGAGGGAGUGCGUGAGCUGCAAAGGGCCGGCUCCGGGGCCAAGAAAAGCCUGCAGAAGAGCUUCUCGCCUGACAGCAGAUUGAAGCCACCAGCCGAGUCCCUGGGCUCACUGUCAGACCUGCUCCUGGCUCUGCAGGAUGAGCUCGGACAAAUGAGCUUUGAUCAACAGGAGUUAAUGCAGCAAAUAGAUGCAGCUGAACAGUGGGAGCACAGACUGGACCUGCAGAGGAAGCUGGAAAGUUUGGUUGCAAGGAUGGAGGAGAAGGGAGCACAGAUCACUAAAGUCCGCAAACACCAGCAGGCGGUCAAGAAGUUGACCACGGCCACUCGGCCCUGCCCUGCUGAGCAUACAGAUGAGGCAGCAGCGAUCAGGCCUCCGUGCCCGACACCUGUCAGGGUGAAGCUGCAGGGAAAGAAAGUUGGGGCUGCUCAGAAGAGCCUGCAACUUCUCAAAGAGACUCAGAAAUUUCGCAACUGUCUGAAAGAGCAGGACUUUUGUUGGGAGACAUGAGGAGCGCUUAAACACACGUGCAUUAAAGUUAUGCUCAUUUGUUUGCAAAAAACUAGAUUACUCUGGUCUAUUUUCUUCCAUUCUGCAGUGAGUAAAGGCAUCUGGGGUAUUAUGCCUCUAUAAAAUAAAAAAAUGUGUUUUAUCAGGCUUAUUGAUUCAUUGUGGCAUCUGUUACAUUUGGUGACUGAUUUUUAAAUGAAAACUUGCACAGUCAGGGUACCUCAGAGUCCUGGACAGAAAGAUUGGCACACCUCUGUUUUAAGUACACAGUUUAAAAUAUGUUGAGAAAUUAAUGCACAUAACUAUAAACAAUAUUUUAGAAUAUUUUCUAAAAUUCUUAAAUAACAUCAAGAUGUUUUCCUUAAAAUGAAACAAAAAUACAGACAUUAAAUGUAGUUACACUUAAGUCCGUUGGUAUUUUGACUGAUUUGUGCCUCUGAACGUCACCACGAUGAAGUUGAAAUGAAGCAACGUGUUCGUAGUUAUGUUGAGCUUUAAUUCAAGGGGUUUAACGAAUAUAUGACACUAUUUAAAAAUUACAGCCAUUUAUUUAAAUAGUCCCUCCAUUUUAACAGACCAUACAUAAUUGGGAAAACUAUGGAUAUUGUUAAUAAAAGCUAUCACUCAAUGUUUUCCUUUAAAAAGUUAUACCAAAAGUAGAAUGAUCCGCACCACCACAGCGCUCCCAUGCAAAAAAGCUUUAAUAAUAAUAAAGACGUGACGUUUCGGGCAGACUGCCCUUUCUCAGACCUUUUGAAAGUUUCGUCUGAAGAAGGGCAGUCUGCCCCAAAAGUCACAUCUUUAUUAUUAUUAAAGCGUUUUUUUUGCGUGAGAGCGCUGUGGUGGUGUGGAUGAUUCUUUUUCUAUUUUUGGUAUAAUUUCUUUUGAUCCAGCACACCUUUCGUGCUUUUUGGAUGUGCUUGUCCUCUCUGCAUUCCUUCAAAAAGUUGACUUGUUUGUUAAUAUGCAUUUAUUUGUAAACAUUUUAAUUCCGCUUAAAAUAUAGGGAUGCCAAUCCUCCUGUACACAGGAAUAUUUUUGUUAAUUCGUUUUUUUCAUAUGACCUGCCAUUUUUGUUGUUGUUUUUAACCAUGUAUUUAAAGUGAAUGUACACAUUUCCUGGAGUCUAUAUAUUUUUUCAGAUGGAGCUGAAGUAAUCUGUUUCUAAUAAAAAUCUUAGUUUAAAAAAAACAUAAUUGCAGUUUUGAAUCGAUCAUAUUUAAAUAAAGCAUAUAUUUUUUAUUUGA